AUUGAAUAAUGGCGAACAUGCGCAUGAUCAGUUGCUUUUAAUUCUUUGUUUGAACACUAAACGCUUUAAAGGUUACACAUGAGUGUGUUGUUUUGCACGAGUCUCUAAAUAUGGUAGCCAUAAAGAAAGUGUUUUUACCUUGUAGCGUUAUGGAGAGACGUGAUGAAUCGCUCGACUUGAUGUUGGAUUUAGAGACAUCUGCUGGUGAACGGUGGAAAUGCACAAACAUUUUAUUCCUUCUCAGGAAGAUGUUGUCUUUUGAGGGUAAAUCUUUAAGAAAGCUUAAAUGAGGAGGAAAAGUAUGAAUUUUUAAUCAAAUGUGACUUUAAGAGAUUUUAAUGCUGCUGUUUGAGUCUUGGAAUAAACACAAAGCGUGAUGUGUGUGUUUCCUGGGCGCGGGUCAGCUGACCUCAAGCGGAACCAAUCAGAUUUUGGCUGUCAGGAAGACAAACCGAGAUCUGCGCGAGUCUGAAGUUUACAUGUGUUCACGCAACAUUCAUACAUGAAUACCGAGGUGUCGGUGCUGUACUUUGCCAAAAGUGCCGAAUUAACGGGACUUAAAGCGGAGAUUAUUACCGUUCCUUCAAACAUAUCGUCUGUGCAGCUCUGGCAGGAUUUGGAGAACAGACACCCAAGGCUCUCUGUGCUGCGGGGUAAGGUGGUUCUGGCUGUGCGUCAGGAGUUUGUGUCUCUGUGUGAGCAGCCGCUAAGCCUCAGGGACGGAGACGAGCUGGCCAUCAUCCCGCCACUCAGUGGAGGAUAAACUAACUCCAGAGGUAUGGCUGCCGAUGGGGGUCGAGAUCUAAUAACUCUCACCACUGACAAACUUUUUGCUGACAGAGUGUCUGAAUCGGUUACAUGUCCUUCCUGUGGUGCUGUUUCUCUGUUCAUUGGGACUACCAGAGAUAAUUUCGAGGGUAAGAAAGUGGUCCGGCUUGAAUACGAGGCCUACGCUCCAAUGGCAGAGUCUAAACUGAAGAAGAUCUGCAGUCACAUCAGGACAAAGUGGCCCAGUGUGAGACACAUUAACAUACAACACCGACUCGGUCUGGUUUCUGUAACCGAAGCGAGUGUUAUUAUUGGCAUCUCAUCACCGCACAGAAGUGACUCCCUGGAAGCGCUCAAAUAUUGCAUCGACACACUCAAAGCUACUGUGCCAAUCUGGAAAAAGGAAAUAUACGAGUCCGGGGAGCCUUGCUGGAAGGAGAACAAGGAGUGUUUGUGGGCGGAUGGUGGAAAACAUCCCAAAGAAAGCUGAAAAAGUCCACUAGUAAAUGAGCUACAGUAAAUCUCAUGAAGCAUCAAGGAGGUUUUAUUGCAAAAAUAAAAAGCCUACAGUUCACCUGGAGAAACACAAAUAAAGAUACUAAUCAAAACAGUUCAUCUUACAGUUUAAAUGUAUUUUUAAAGAAUAGAUGCCUUUUAAAAAGUGCAACAACAUUAUGUAAACAUGAACUAAACGCUUUGGAGCUCAUUAGUAGUUAGACCUGUUUUCCAAAGACAUCACACCGUCAGCAGAAGGCAAAACCCUGAAUUCUCAUAUCUUAACAUUGUACUGGCAACGCUUUAUAUUACUUUUAUCAUUUAAAAAUUUUAAAUAAAGCCUAAUAUUAUUAUUAA